CUUCCUCUUCUUUACUUCCUCCGGUUUCCCGCCUUGUAAUCAUCAUCUUCUUCCUCAGUUGCAGUCGCAGUUUCAUCGGAAUGAUGCGACGACGCAAGCUGUCCACCAGUCUUCUGGUUCUCUUCCUCGUUACGGUUCUCGCCGCUUUGUAUUUCCUCCAUCUCUCCAGCAAUUCCGUUACCGGUAAGGAAGUUCAGUUAUUCCCGGACAAUUUGAUGGCCAGUUCCAAAGACCGAGAUUCUUUAAUUAAUCAUGCUAUCAGGGAACAGGUAAAGGAGCUAGGCCACCGGAACCGACGCGUCUCCUCUAUUCAAGACAAGGUCGAUUCAGUCGCCGUUCUUUUGCCUUCUUGGGAGGUUCUCGUGGUCGUAGUCGUCUCCACGGAGAAUAAACCGGCAUCUAGUUCCGAUGAUAAUUUUUACUGUCUUUUCCCGAACAACGCCACGUCUCUGGCGAAAUUUUAUGGGGUUUUACCGUUUAGCAAUGCGAUGGCGUUCAAAUGCGUUCUCCCCCGAAGUAAUCGUCGGCGCUCACCGUUUUAUCAGCCAGUGCUAACGAGGUCACCGGGCAGUGAAUCACAGGCUUUGCCUGCGUGGGAGCUGCCGCGGUGGUCUUUCUUGGUGUACGACUCUGUCUCCACGGAAGACGACGUUGUUCUCUUCGUGAAAGGCGUGAAUAAACGGCAAGGCUUCAACCGCUCUCCCGAAGAGUUCAGGUGCGUUUUCGGCGAUGAUCUCAAAACCGCCGUCAAAACCCCGAUCACCAGCUCCGUCCAAGAAGUAUUCAGGUGCAGUCACCCGAAUCUGAAGCGUCUCGGCGGCGAGCGAAUCAUGGUCUCUCUCGAAAUAUCUGGAGAAUUAAACCGUCAGAUUCCUUCGGUUGCGUAUUACACUCCAAGACGCAAAGUAGCCCCUCCAAACCCAAAAAAGCUAUUGUGCGCCUGCACCAUGGUGUACAAUAGCGCCAAGUUCUUAAGGGAAUGGGUAAUGUAUCAUUCCGAGAUCGGCGUCGAGAAAUUCAUACUGUACGACAAUGGCAGUACCGACGAUUUACAGAAAAUCGUCGACGACCUUAAUCAAGAAGGCUACAAUGUCGAGAAGAUGUUAUGGAUUUGGCCGAAGACCCAAGAAGCUGGGUUCUCUCAUGGCGCUGUAUACGCUAAAGACUCUUGCGUUUGGAUGAUGUACUUCGACGUCGAUGAAUUCGUAUUCUCGCCGUCUUGGUUGAAUUCUUCGAAUCCGUCGAAAAACAUGCUGAAUUCUCUUUUACCCAGAAACCCAGAUUUGAAUCGACCUCUGAUCGGUCAAAUUUCGAUCAAAUGCAACGAUUUUGGACCUUCGGGAAGGAAAACUCACCCACCGGAAGGGGUGACGCAAGGUUACACUUGCCGCCGGCAGGUAGAGCAGCGGCACAAGUCGGUGGUUCUGCUGGAGGCAGUGGACCGUUCCUUACUUAAUGUGGUCCACCAUUUUGGGUUGAACCAGAGUCUUUACAGGACGGUGGAAUUGGGUCUGAAAGCUGCUGUGAUGAACCAUUACAAGUACCAGGCGUGGCCGGAGUUCAAGAACAAGUUCCGGCAAAGGGUGUCGGCUUACGUGGUGGACUGGACCAAAGCGGUGAACCCAACUUCCCAGGACCGUACCCCUGGGUUAGGUUUUGAGGCAAUCGAGCCACAAGGAUGGGCGCAGAGGUUCUGUGAGGUUAGAGACGAGAGGCUGAAGAAGUUGACACAGAGAUGGUUUGGGUCUAAUACUCCUAAUGGGUACAAAUUGGCAUGGGAAAGAUAGAAUACAAAUUUUGGAGGUUUCUUUAUUUUUUCCUUUGUGGAUAGAAGGACAUUAUUUGCAAAUAAUUUGGAGAUUCAUUCUUUUUGUUUAAAUAAUAGAUUGAGCACACUUACAUUAAAGCGAGGAAUGUAAAUUAAUUGAGGCAUUGAGUGGUGGCUUUGAUUUGAUCUUUUCGAUUGUAGUUUUGAAUUGUAUGAUAGAAAAGAAAUGAAUUUGUUCAUUUCAU